AUGGGAGCCAGUUGUCAAUGUUGUUCAAAAAUUGGCAGCAUACCUGAGGUAAUUGAACGAUAUAAGAGGCAUACUAAAGAUAAAGUUAAAUCUGAUGAAAAUCAAUCUGUGGAUAUUCAGCAUACUAAGCAAGAGACAGCAAGUUUGAUGAAGAAGAUAGAACUCCUUGAAUCAUCUAAAAGGAAACUCUUGGGAGAAGGUUUAGGAUCAUGCAGCCUUGAAGAAGUUCAACAAUUAGAGAAGCAAUUGGAGCAGAGUGUCAUUACUAUUAGGGCUCGAAAGAUGCAAGUCUUUAGGGAACAAAUGGAAAGAUUGAAAGAAAGGGAGAGAGCCCUUACAGCUGAAAAUAUGAUGCUGAGGGAACUAAAGUUUGGAGGAGAUGAAGAGAGACGAAAAUCAAGUGGAGAGAAAGAAAGAGAAGUAGUUUUUUGUAUAGAAGGUGGUAGUACUGGUAGCGAAAAAUCAGAUGUUGAGACUGAAUUGUUUAUCGGACAACCUCAUUAUCAUGACUCCAGAAUAAGGCGUCCUGAAUGGUCUUGAGUGGUUCGAUAUAGGAACCACUCAAGACCGAAGAAUUGCUCUCAAGUACCCUUAUUUUGUACUUUGUAUAAAUUUUGACUAAUUAUCAAGUAUAAACUAACUAGUAAUCUCAGCUGCUAAAUUAUUUUGGAGAUGUAUGAGUGGGUUUAAUUUCUCUCUUUAAUUAAUUAAGAUGGAGUUUAACUUUUA